CUCGUCAGGGACGGUUUUUUUUCUUCUUCACCAUCAUAAUUACCAUCUUCAUACUCUAAGGAAUUCCUCUUCCUGCUGUGAAAGCGAUUCGAUAUCCGACCAAGUUGUGAGUUUGUUGUGAUUUCCAGCAUCCUUGUCCUGACCGAUAAACCUAUUGUCGUCAUUGCGAUAACACGUUUCGAGCCAAGUUAACCGCACUUCCUCCCACUCACAACUUCCCCCCCCAUUUCCUUCGCUCUUCUUUAGGCAAACUAUCGCAUCACAAAAGAGCCCCCCCCCCCUGUUCAAAACAAAAAAAACCGCAGCAUGAAGGUUCUCACGAAGGAGCAAGAAGGAGAGCACUACGCUGCCGUCCUCAAGGGCGGAAUCUCCGGCGGUCUGGUGGGGCUAGGAGUUGGUCUCGGUGCCGCAGCGGUCCUCAACCGCCGCUGGCAAUUAUUCCGUAGCCUCACGCUCCCGCUGAAGGCCUUCUUCGUCAGCAGCUCGGGCACCUUCGCCGCCAUCAUCAAUGCCGACGUCUACUCCCGCGGCUACGAGGCCUCACGCCACGCCGAGCUCCGCGAGUACAAGGACUCGGCGGCGCGCGCCCUCGCCAUGGCUAGGGCCAACAGGACGGGCUGGGAGAGGUUCAAGGACUUUGGCCGGGAGAACCGGUACCCCAUCGUCACGGCGGGCUGGGUCGCCAGUAUGGCCGUAAGCUUGGGGCUCGUCAGUCGCAACAGGUACCUCACCACCAGCCAGAAGCUGGUCCAGGCGAGGAUGUACGCCCAGGGCCUCACCCUCGCCCUGCUCAUCGCCAGCGCCGGGUUCGAGGUGGCGGAUGCUAGGAGUGGCAAGGGGAAGUUUGAGACGGUGCUCGUUGUCGACCCCGAGGACCCGAAGCAUAGGCAUAUGAUUGAGAAGAGGAUACACCACGAGAGUUACUCCGGCGAGGAUCUAUGGAAAGAUAUGGUCGAGUCGGAGGAGCGAAGGCUCAAGGAGAGGGAGGCUGCUCGGGCUAGGGCUAGGGCUAGGAUGGUCUUGGCCCCAGCAGGGCAUUCUUGUGAAUAGUUUUAUGGGGGCAAUGCGGUCCGGUCUUUCCUUUCCCCUUUGCAUUUCUCUUGCGAUACUUGGUUUGGCUAGGUGGUCAUUAGAGUUAUUUCUUGUGUGGUGCUAUGCCGUUUCCAGCGUUUCAUUUUCUCCUUUGCUCAUGGCUCUCCUCAUCCGUUUGAUGGCUAAACGCCACCCUUCUUGAUAUCUCUAAGUUCAUGUAUUUCUAUGUAUGGGGAUACUCGUAAAGAUAAAGGUGUUAUAAUAGAUUUUUAUUCUUUUUUGAUAGAG